AUACCGCUUUGGUUACGCUGCGUUGACGAUACAUUCACCGCCGUACGACACGACGAAAUCGACGCAUUCCACCACCACCUUAACGGACAAUACACUGACAUACAGUUUACCAGAAAGGUCGAAGAAAAUGGUAAACUACCUUUUCUAGACUGCUUGGUAAGCUGUGACGACAACUCACUACGGACAACAGUCUACAGGAAACCAACACAUACCGACAGAUUACUGGACGAGUCAUCCUACAACCCAACAUCACACAAAGCCACAACUAUCAGGACUCUCAAGCGACGAGCGCAACUAGCAUGCAACGCGACAGACAGUUUAUCCGACGAGAACAAGUACCUUGACCGUGUUUUUUCAAAGAACAACUAUAACAAAGACUUCAUCCGACGAAACACUCACCGACCUACUUAUAUUACCGAAGCCAAAGACAACGCGACUCCUACGACUACAGCAACUAUACCGUACAUAAAGGGCAUAUCUGAGAACAUCUCGUGCAUCUUACAACCAUUAAACAUCCGCGUCGCUCACAAACCCAUUACCACACCACGUCAAUUACUGACUAACGUCAAAGACCAAGACGAACAGAGGAACAGACAGGGUGCAGUUUCUAGAAUCAAUUGCUCCGACUGCCAUGCCUCCUACAUCGAUGAGACUGGCAGAAACCUCAUAACUAGACUGACUGAACAUUAA